UCUAAGGUGUGUUAUAUUGUGAGAUAUUUAGAAAAUGGAAUAUGACUUGAAAUGUCAUUCAUAACCACCGUUCUAACAAACCAGAAUAAGAGAGGUUAUUAUUAAAUAAAAAUAUUAGCAGUUCUGCACUGUCUCUCAAUAUUUACUUGGUAUGUAUAAUAUGGCUACAAACUUUAUAUUAUGCUUGAAAAAUAUAUAAAGCAGUAAUAAUUAUAACUUAAAAACUGAAUUAAGUUUUUAGCCAGAAUAGGGCAGAAACAUACAAAUCCAGUGUUAGUGUCUAGUGUUGUAAGCAUUGACAGAACCAAAUAUAUAUCAAACCUGUGAAAAUUGUCAUUGUAAUUAAAAAUCAUCAAACCGAUCUGCAGAAACUAUGACUCAUUACUAUGCUCAUAUUAGCAACCGUGUGUUGAUCAGAACUAGGCCCCACUUGUUUGCUGUAAGCAAAUACUUAUUAUAUUUGAAUAACCUGGUUUAUGUUUACAAAUAAGUACGUUAUGUUGAUGACCCGUUUAGUUCUUAAUUAACAAAAACCAACAACCAGUGACAAGAAUGAAUUUAUAUUUGGUGUAUGAACAUACAGAUAAGUACAUUAUCUUGACUUAAAAUAAUUGUUAAUGUUGGGGCUUGAACCUGGUGUAUGCACAUACAUAGAUAUCGCGUUCCAUCUUUACAAUUGGAAGAUGGAGCCAUGAAAACAAAACAAAUUGAGGGGAAAAAAGAUGCAUGAAGUAAAAGCCAUAAGAGUGAUGCAUAUUGGUUGGUUAUGCUUAGCCUUUGGUUCUGAUAAUAGAGAUUGUGCCUCUUCCCUGAGCGUGAAUUUUAGUAAGGGCCAUCACUGCUUUCCCUGAAAGGCCUGGACCCACUGUGGUCAAGUUAAUUAAAUUCAGAUGUGGCAGAAAGCAAUUGAUACAAUUCCUUGCUUUUUAACUGUGUUCUUCAGCAUAAGUAGUUUAGCUGUUUUAGAAUCCGAAAUAGCAGAUGUUUAUUCCUUGUUGUUAUAAUGAUCCUACUAUCAGAACCAAACCAAUAAUGCUCCUGCUAUUAAUUGUAUCUGUUUGUAGGAUAUUUGUUAGAAACUAUAAUAUUGCCGUUGGAAGUAGUUAAUACUGUAUUUCUUCCUGUGUUUCUGUGCAGUUGUAUUCUGAUUUAUGUUACAUCAUGAUCAUGUAUCUUGUUUUAAAUUCAUUGACAGUAUCAUUAUAAUAAAAUCCAUUUUGCGUUAAUACAUUUAUCAAAUAAUAUUUAAAUGUGCUUGUUCUAAUUUUUAUUAUUAUGGAUUGUAAAUAUUGGUCCCUUUGGUGCUAUUCAUUAUUUUAAGGAUUGUUUGUAAAAGAGUUUCUAUCUAUAAUUUUUUAUUUUUUAUUUUAUUUUUUUGCAAUUCUGUGGUCUGUAUCAAAGUUUCUAUUUAUAAGAGUAUUAUGUUUUUUCAGUUUCACCGGUCUCAUGCCAUCUUGUAUUGUUUUGUUUUGCAUGUUAUGUUGUAUUAAUAAUUCUAUAAGGCCCUAACCCUGUAGGUUUGACCCACAGAACCUUUAAUUUAUUGGACUUCUUGGCCCUAACCCAUGUGGCCUAGGGUUAGGGCUGGGCUAGUUUAGUUUGGCUUUUUGACAGCUCUAUCGAUUAUAGAGCGAGUGACUUUGUUCCAUUUUUCACUAACAUUACAUAAUUUAAUAGUUCUAUCGUGGAAGCCUGGUGGAGCUAGAAUUUAUAUCCGGGUGUGAUUUCCUCAUUAAUUUUGGCCAGGAAACACGAACAAAAGGCCUCAACCCACCCCUUUCCCCUUAGGCGGGAAGGUUGUAGGACGAGGGGAAUGGAUCUUCAUGCACUGGCUUUCUAUUAGCGAGAAAGAGCCCUUAUUAUUUCUUGAAAUUAAAAAAAAAGGAAGUACCAACGAGCCCUCAGUUGAAGAGUAACAAUCAUCAACUACAAACCUUUGUUGGAAAUGGAGACAGAGACAAUGGCGGUGGAUAAGAGGGAGAUGAUCAACAACGUGCUGUGCCUUUUGACAGACCCAGAUGGAACUCCUUUGGGUGCUCCUAUGUACCUUCCUCAAAACGCUACUCCUCAACACCUUAACCAGAUUGUCAAUAAGCUUCGAAACAAUGAGGAGAAAUUACCGUAUGCUUUCUAUAUAUCAGACGAGGAGCUCCUUGUGGCACUUGAAACGUACUUGCAGAAAAACAAAGUCUCAGUGGAGAAGGCAUUGCCUAUAGUUUGUCAACCUCAAGCUAUAUUCAGGAUUCGUCCUGUGAAUCGCUGCUCCGCAACUAUUUCUGGUCAUGCAGAAGCAGUACUUACCGUUGCUUUUGGUCCUGAUGGGCGACACCUGGCAAGUGGUUCUGGUGAUACCACUGUUCGGUUUUGGGACUUGAACACUCAGACACCAUUGUUCACUUGCACAGGACACAAGAACUGGGUCCUUUGUAUUGCAUGGUCACCAGAUGGAAAACAUCUUGUAAGUGGGAGCAAGGCUGGAGAACUUCAUUGUUGGGACCCGCAAACGGGAAAGUCAUUAGGCAAUCCAUUAAUUGGCCACAAAAAAUGGAUUACUGGUAUCGCAUGGGAACCUGUCCACUUAAAUGCUCCAUGCCGCCGCUUUGUAAGUGCCAGCAAAGAUGGGGACGCUCGUAUUUGGGAUAUCUCUUUAAAGAAAUGUGUUUUGUGUCUCAGUGGCCACACACUUGCUAUAACUUGUCUAAAAUGGGGUGGAGAUGGUGUAAUUUAUACUGGCUCCCAGGAUUGUACAAUCAAAGUAUGGGAAACAACACAAGGGAAGCUAAUUCGUGAACUGAAGGGACAUGGGCAUUGGGUUAAUUCUUUGGCAUUGAGCACUGAAUAUGUUCUACGCACUGGAGCUUUUGAUCAUACUGGAAAACAGUAUUCAUCUUCGGAAGAAAUGAAGAAGGUUGCCCUUGAAAGGUACCAAGCAAUGAGAGGCAAUGCCCCUGAAAGAUUGGUCUCUGGAUCUGAUGAUUUUACCAUGUUCCUUUGGGAACCUUUCAUCAGCAAGCACCCGAAAACACGCAUGACAGGUCAUCAGCAGCUUGUGAACCAUGUCUAUUUUUCACCUGAUGGGCAGUGGGUGGCAAGUGCAUCUUUUGAUAAAUCUGUGAAGUUAUGGAAUGGCACCACUGGGAAAUUUGUUGCUGCCUUUCGAGGCCAUGUUGGGCCUGUUUACCAGAUCAGCUGGUCUGCAGAUAGCCGACUUCUUUUAAGUGGCAGCAAAGAUUCAACACUUAAGGUUUGGGAUAUCCGGACACGUAAGUUGAAGCAAGAUCUUCCAGGCCAUGCGGAUGAAGUUUUUUCUGUUGAUUGGAGUCCAGAUGGAGAGAAGGUAGCCUCUGGUGGUAAGGAUAAAAUGUUGAAGUUGUGGAUGGGCUAGGCUAAGUUUUGGAUGAAUAUUGGGUAUCUACAGUCGGUGUAUCUCAAUGGUUGAGAUGCAAGAUCCUCUUUAAAUUAUAUAGACACCCUAUAAGAUGUGUAUCAGAACUGUAAUCUACAUAGCCAUUUAGAAUAUAGGCACUGGAAGAAGUUGCUCAAAUUGUGUCUCAGAAAAGUGGUAAAGAAGCGGAUGGGUGCCCAUCAUAUGCAUGAAGGUAUAUAUAUGCCAAGAUGUUUUGUUGUCUGCUCCGAAGUCUGUUUUUUCUGGGUCUCCCCUCUCAUUAUGGUCGUAGGCGCAUUGUUUGUCAAUUGCAACAUGGUUAUCAUUUUUUUUCCUUUUGGUCAAUGAUGGCUAUCAUUGAUUGAACUGUAAUAGGGUUCAUUUGUAUGAACUCAAAUUUUUGGAAGUUUGACACCUGAUAAAAGUAGAGACUGAACGUGCAAAAGGGCUAGCCAGAGGAUGGCUUUCUGUUGGUCAUGACGAUUCCAGUUUUUGAACGGAGUAUUAUAAGGAUUGAUAUAUUUAGAUUU